AUGUCUGAAGAUUCUCAAAGCGUUGCGAAGUCGGUUCCGCAGACAUUCUUCUCUGCAUUGGACCUUACGCCUGCCUAUCUGCGUACCCCAGUUUCUUCUACUACAGCCUCUGUGGCUUCCUCCGAUACCGACUACCAAAACGAAUGGGCAAGCACUAAUAGCAAUGUGUGCUCACCGAUGGCAUCGGUAGUGCCAUCCGUGCCGAUGCCGUUGGCUUUCGGCACAUUGCAAGCGCCAUUUGCGUCGUUAUCACGACCUCUUAGUCGUUCAUCUAGUGCUUCUGGGGUAUCUACAGUGGCGACAAAGGACGGGAUUGAAGGCAGGCGGGUUCACCGAAACCACAAUCAUCAUCUCCUAUUUGCGGGAAUGCCUGGCGUGAACAGUGCGAGCGGCAUCGCAUCCAUGAACUCCUACAAUCGCAAUCUGCUGAAUUCUUUCAGUAAUCAGGACGAUGUAGAUGAUGACAGUCAGUCAGGAAGUACUGAAUCCGGUACCGGCGAAAAUCCCAAACUUGGUGAAUACGAAACAGAUGAGCAGGCGCAAGGUGGAGGUUCCAGCUUCUCGCACAAUGUCCCCGGUGCUCCCCCUGUCACUCUACUGGAGAAAAUGGAUCUGUACAAGCACGGAGUUGUGGGAACCGAAGGUUACCAGAAGGACGACGAAGACACAAUGACUGGGAGUAUUAGCGAUUCAUCCAGCUAUUUUAACGACGUGAUGCACUAG